AUGUUUCCGUAGUYCUUAAUGCAUUGGAAACGUCUACAUGCACAAGCGACUGGUGGAGGCCCUCCGAUAAAAGGAAUAACUGAGUUCGAGGAGCAAGCCAUUACAACCUUUGGGGCAGCAGCGGUGGAUGGAUUGCYGGGUGUUGCAAUUUUGGGUCACCAGGCUUUGCCGCCGUUGUAUUUAAAAACAGCCCCAACAACAACAGUCACAUCGCCUGCUCCAGCUUUUCCUGCUCUCUCUGUAAAUUUUUCCUUCCUUAUCUCCUACCAUCUUACCUUCUUCUAUGCCAUCGCCUACUUACAUCCUUUCUGAAGGUAAAUUGACUGCAGCGAAGAUGCUUGGAGCAGUGCUAAAAAAAAUGGAGGACCGCGAAAAGCGAUAGGAGGAGGUCAUUGCUCCACAAAAGAAAAUUGUAGACCAAAAUGUGCAGAUGACAG